UUAAAAUGUAAGGUGGUUCCCUUUUCUAUUUUCUUCUUCUCCUUCUAAACUUCGGCUAUAAAAGCACUUUGACAGUUGAUACCGCAUACAUGAAAAAACCCUUUUGAAGUAUCAUGACUAUUCCGUUAAGGAUUCUUGCCGGCGUCAAUUCGUCGUCGUCGAACCCGCCUAGCUCCGUCGAGGUGGAUUCUGACUUCGUCGUUAUCCUUGCAGCCCUUUUAUGCGCUCUAAUUUGCGUCGUCGGCCUCGUAGCCGUAGCUCGUUGCGCUUGGCUCCGCCGUGCCUCGGGCGGUGCCGCUAGAACCGGCCGUACUCAACCUCAGCCUCCGGCCAACAAAGGCCUGAAAAAGAAAAUCCUCAAGUCGCUCCCAAAACAAACUUUCAAUGGGGACAUCAACGGAAAGGGGAAACUCGCCGACGCCGACUGUGCUAUUUGCUUAACGGAAUUCGUGCAGGGGGAUGAAAUCCGAGUAUUGCCGCAGUGCGGGCACGCGUUCCACGUCGGUUGUAUAGACACGUGGCUGGGAUCCCACUCCUCCUGUCCGUCGUGUCGUCAGGUUCUGGUGGUUGCGAGGUGUCAAAAGUGCGGGGGGUUCCCGGAGAGCUCCGGCACGACAGCGGCACAUGAAACGGAGUUGGGAUUGAAAGCUAGAGAAGAUGAUGUCAACAGGUUCUUGCCUUGACAUGGGUUUUUCUGUCUCCCUUAGCUCUUAUUACCCUUCUGAUUCCCUCCCUCCCUGUAUUUGUAUGAUCUUCUCUGUUUUUUUUUUUUUUUUUCAAUUUAUAAAACUAGACUAGACUAGAGUUCUGAAAUCUGAACUCUUUUUAUUUUCAUGAUUUUAAUUUUAAUUUUGUCUGUACCUAUUAAUUUGGUCAUUUCACUUCUGUAUGUAAUUUAGAAUUUAUACUAGUAAACAGCUGAUAAUUAACGUUUUGUACUUUUA